AUGCUGAGUGCGUUUAGGAAGAACGGUCCUUGGAGUCCUAGUAGAAACAUCGCUUUCCGAGCUGGUACUGCCCCGCGCCGUGCGUUCGAUCCGCGUUUCUUCUCCUCGAAUGCCGCAGAUGUCCCGGUGAGCGAACUCCCGGUGCUGUCGCCUCCGUCUGUAGGAGGAUGGUUGCUUGGGUCUGCGGUGCUCGUCUUUGCGAUCAUCGUCGUCGGUGGAGUUACUCGUCUUACCGAGUCCGGACUGAGUAUUACGGAAUGGCGUCCUAUCACUGGAGUCCUCCCCCCUCUGUCGCGGGCGGAGUGGGAGAAGGAGUUCGACAAGUACAAGGCUACCCCGGAGUUCAAGCUGCUGAACCAUUCAAUCACUCUUGAGGAGUUCAAGGAUAUCUUCUACAUGGAAUGGGGCCACCGCGUCCUUGGUCGCCUCAUCGGCAUCGGUUUCGUCGUCCCCUUCGCCUACUUCGCGCUCCGCAAACAGCUCACCGCGGCCCUCCCUCGCAACCUGCUCGGCAUGGCCCUGCUCAUCGGCGCACAAGGUGCGCUCGGCUGGUACAUGGUCAAGUCGGGCUUGGAGGACUCGCUUUUGGAGACUCCUGGGGCCGUCCCGCGCGUGUCGCAAUAUCGUCUUGCCGCGCACCUGGGCACGGCAUUCGUGCUGUACGCGGGCAUGUUCUACACCGGCUUAGCUACGAUCAUGGACUGGAGGUUUGCGAAGAAGGGCCUGUGGGGUGGUCUGCAGGACGGUGCUGCGCAGUGGAAAGAUAUCCUCGCGAACCCGCACGUGAGGAAGUUCGCCCGAAACGUCAAGGGUUUGACUGGGCUUGUCUUCCUCACCGCACUCUCUGGUGCAUUCGUCGCAGGUCUUGACGCAGGUCUACUGUAUAACGAGUUUCCGCUUAUGGGCGGCCGUCUCGCUCCUCCCGCAAACGAGCUCUUCGACCCCGCGUACGCGAAGAGUGCCGACAAGUCGGAUAUUUGGUGGCGCAACAUCUUCGAGAACCCAACGACCGUGCAGUUCGACCACCGAUGCUUGGCGAUAACUACCUACGUUGCGACUGCGGCGGUGUAUGCGUCCACAUUUAACCCGGUGAUUCGCGCAGCCUUGCCUCCCCUGACGAAGAGGCUGGCUACUGGUGCGUUCGCCAUGGCGAACGUCCAGGUCCUCCUUGGUAUCUCGACCCUAUUGUACUUGGUCCCAAUCCCGCUCGCUGCUAUGCAUCAAGCUGGGAGCGUCAUGCUACUGACGACCGUGCUCCACCUGCUCAUCUCGCUCAGACGGCCGGGAGCUGCCGCACAGGCUUGGAGACAAGCACUACGGAAUACCAAGAGGACUACCCACUAA